AUGGGUAUCACUGACAAGCAAGAAGCUAUGGUGAAAGACUCAUGGGAGGUGGUGAAGCAAAACAUUCCUGAGUGGAGUCUUCGUUUCUUCACCUUGAUCUUAGAGAUUGCUCCGAUGGCAAAGAACAUGUUCUCAUUCUUGAAAGACACUGGUGAAAUUCCUCACAACAAUCUCAAGCUCAAGGCACAUGCACUGAAGGUCUUCAAGAUGUUGGGAUCUGUCCAUGUCCAAAACGAUGUUCUUGAUCCACAUUUUGAGGUGCAAACAACACUCUUAGUGGUGAAGGAAGCUCUACUGGCAACAGUCAACAAGGCAGUGGGAGAGAAAUGGAGUGAGGAGAUGAAUGGUGCUUGGAGUGAAGUCUAUGAUCAGUUGGCUGCAGCCAUCAAGGCUGAGAUGAAGCUAGUAUCUGCUUAG